AUGUAGUCAUGUCUGGUAGAGGCAAAGGUGGAAAAGGGCUAGGCAAAGGUGGCGCCAAGCGCCAUCGUAAGGUGUUGCGGGACAACAUCCAGGGCAUCACCAAGCCAGCUAUUCGUCGUCUUGCUAGGCGAGGAGGUGUCAAGCGGAUCUCCGGUCUCAUUUAUGAGGAGACUCGGGGUGUGCUGAAGGUGUUCCUGGAGAACGUCAUUCGGGACGCAGUCACCUAUACUGAGCACGCCAAACGCAAGACCGUCACUGCCAUGGACGUGGUGUAUGCUCUUAAGCGCCAGGGACGCACCCUGUACGGCUUCGGAGGCUAAACGCCUGUUUUGGCUUUGCGCUUUACGAUA